AUGGACGACUUCACGGUGCAACUAGCCCAGCUUCUGGGCCAAAUCACGUCCCCCAAAUCGCCUGAGGACAUCAAAAAUGCGUCUCAGCGACUGCAGGCCGAGUUCUACAUGAACCCUCAGUGUGCCGUGUCUCUGAUCCACAUUAUGCAGAAGCACGAGGACUCUGGAAUCAAGCAGCUGGCUGGAAUCGAGGCCCGAAAGCAGAUCCCCAUUUACUGGGAGGAGAACGAUCAGGCCGUUCGAAACGAGAUCAAGAACUCGCUUCUCCAGUCCACUCUGGCCGAACAGGUGGCCCUUGUACGACACACCUCUGCCCGUGUUGUGGCUGCCAUUGGAGAGAUUGAGCUGGGUCUGCAGACCUGGAAUGAGCUCCCCCAGAGCCUCAACACCGCAAUCAGCUCUGGAGACGCCCGAGAUCGAGAGGUCGCUACCUACAUCAUCUACAUUCUGCUUGAGGUGGGUGCCGAGACCUUUGUGACCAACGCCUCCAACAUUCUUCCUCUGGUGUCCGUCAACAUGGCUCAGAACGACGCCGAGCUGCAGGUUACCUCCAUGCUGUGCGCUGGUAUGAUCUCAGAGCUGAUUGACUCUUCCGACUCUAAUGCCGACAUGUUCAAGAAGCAGGUGGUGCCCCAGAUGGUCGAUGUGCUCAAGGGUGCCAUGCAGCGUGACGACGACAAGACCCUGCAGCUGUUUGAGGUCUUCUCAACCCUGCUUCUCAUCGAGGGCGCUCUUGUGGCUGAUCACAUUGGCGACCUCGUCCAGUUCAUGCUGGAGAUUGCCAAGCGAGGCGACUCUGACGAGAACAAGAUGGCCGCUCUACGGUUCCUGAUCUCUGCCGUGCGAUUCAAGAAGCGACGACUGCAGGCUCUGGGUCUUGGGCCCACUCUCACCAACUCCAUGGUCGAGAUCAUUGCACAGCAGAUUGCCGAGUUCCCCGACGAGCAGGACGACGAUGAUGAAGAUGAGGAUACUACCCGAAAGCUUGCUCUGCGAGUCAUUGGUUAUCUGUCCAACGAGCUGCCUCCCAAGCAGGUGCUUGUCCCCAUCUUUGAGCUUCUGCAGCAGCAGCCCAACUCGGACGCUGUGCUUUCUGCUCUCUCCUACGCCAUUGAGGGAUCUCCCGAGUUCGUGGCCACUCACCUGGACCCCGUUCUCGAGUCUGUCAUUGGCACUCUCCGACAGAACCCCACCAACGUGUCUGCUCUGAUGGUUCUUGUCCGUCUGGCCUACCACCUGCACCACAUUAUUGGUGAGCACCACGCUACUCUGGUGCCUCUAAUUUGCUCUGCUAUGGAUGCCUCUUCUUCCCCCGCUCAGUUCAAGGCUGCCACCUCUGCCCUGGAGUCUGUGCUUGAGACUCUCGAGCAGGACGUCAUCGCCGAGAAGUACCUGGCCGAGCUCAUGCCCCGUCUCAUCACCAUGCUGGACCAGGCCCAGGACGACUCUCUGCGAACUACUCUGAUCGCUGCUGUUGGUUCCGCUGCUUUCGCUGCGAAGGAGGCCUUCACUCCCUACGCCGAGCAGUGCAUCAACGGUCUUGGCCAGCUUAUCAACCUCGAGAAUGCCGCUGAGAUGACCGAGGUCGAGCUCGCCGUCAAGGGCUCCGCCUUUGACACUAUCGGCGCGAUUGCCGGCGCUAUUGGCAAGGAGGCCUUCCGACCCUACGUCAACACCUUUGCCGAGAAGGCCUAUGCUACUCUGCAGGUGGAUCUGCUGCGAGAGGCCGGCUUUGUUUUCUUUGGCGUCAUUGCCAAGCUGUACGGCGAGGAGUUUGGCCAGUACCUUCCUCGAGUUAUUCCUCUGCUUGUCGAGUUCCUGGGACAGGACGACUUCGGCUUUGAGGAUGAGGAUGAGGAUGAUGAGGCUAUUGGACAGGAGGACGACGACUCCAAGUUCAAGGUCAACUCGCUGCUGGCUACCCAGAAGGAGACCGCUUUCCAGGUGCUUGGCGACAUGAUCCUCGCCACCAAGGGCCAGUUCCUCAACUUCCUGGAGGAGAUCACCGAUCCCCUGUUCUCUGCUCUCGACCACUUUUACGAGGGUAUUCGAAAGGAGGCUCUGGGCGCCGUGUGGAAGAUUUUCCACUCUCUCUACAGCAUGGCCAACCUUCCCCAAUGGAAGCCCGGUUUCCCUGCGGACACCUCGGCCUACCCCGAGUCUCUGUCCACCUUCCUGCAGCUUGCUCGAACCAAGACCGUCGAGCUUCUGGAGGAGGAGGACUCUCGACUGGUGGUAAUUGCCAUCUGCGAGGUGCUUGUUGAGGCCAUGAAGGCCGCUGGACCCGCCAUUCUCGGCGACGAGGACACCCUGCGAACCAUUUGCUCCCAGGUGAUCCUUGUGCUCAAGAAGGAGCACCCCGCCCAGAUGGAGGAGGAGGAGAUUGACGCUGCCGAGCUCGAGCAGUCCGAGUACGACUCCCUCAUGCUGGACUACGCCUUUGACGUGUGCGCAGCCAUGUCUGAGUCUCUCGAGGCUCACUUUGUGCCCAUCUUCAAGGCUCUAUUCCCUUACGUGCAGAACUACGCCAACUCCAAGAUGGAUGAGGAGCGAGCCUUUGGCAUUGGUGCUCUGGCCGAGAUGACUGUCGGCAUGAAGUCCUCCGUCUCCGAGUUCACCGGCGAGAUUCUCAACAUCUGCAUCAAGGGUCUCACCGACGCCCAUCUCGAUGUGCGAUCCAACUCCGCAUUUGCAUUUGGUGUGUUGGCCGAGAACUCUACUGUCGACCUCACUUCUCAGUACCCUGCCAUCCUCCAGAAGCUGCAGCGCCUGCUCACCAAGGUCGACAAGCAGGCCAAGAAGAACCUGUCGGACGACCCCGAGGACAACAACGACCGAUGUCUGGCCAACGCCUGCGGUUGUGUCGCUCGAAUGACCCUCAAGGCUCCCGGCUCCGUACCCAUCAGCGAGGUGGUGCCUGCCCUGGUGGCUCGUCUGCCUCUGGGCGACGGCCAGGAGGAGUAUGUGCCCAUUUUUGGCCUGUUUGCCGCUCUGCUGGAGCACAACGACCCCACUAUUGUGCCUCUCAAGGGUGACAUCUCCAAUCUGAUUCAGGAGAUUGCCCGAAAGGACGAGACAGAGAAGAUCCUGGACGACCAGGUCAAGCAGAAGCUGGAGGCAGUGAUGCAGAAGAUGUAG